AUGCCGUCUCCCGAUGAGACUGCCGCCUCGGCUCCCCGAGUCACGUCGCCAUCGAGUGUAACCACCGCAACGGAAGCUGAGCCUGGAGUCAAGGCGUUGGAAAAGUCUGGACAGCCUGGAGAGGAGGUGACAGCUGUGGAGGGAGGAGAGGGAGAGGCUGUGACUGGUGCGACAGGAGAAUUUAGUGCGUAUCCGAGUGAUCUUGAGGCGGGGACUGAUACGUCGGAUUCGAAUACGGAUCGCGAUGAUGAUUCAGCGUUGGGGACUUCUGUUAGGAAUUCGACUGUGUCGCUCAGAUCAAGCAUCUAUGAGUACAUGGAAGAGAACGGACGGACUUACCAUGCUUAUAACUCUGGGAAAUAUAUGUUGCCAAACGAUGAGAGAGAGCAGGACCGACUGGAUCUGCAGCAUCAUUCAUUCAGGAUCAUGCUGGACGGAAAAUUAGGUCUCGCGCCGAUCAAAAGCCCGCAAAGAGUCUUGGAUUUGGCGACAGGAACUGGUAUCUGGGCUAUUGAAUUCGCUCAAGAGCAUACCGAGUCUACUGUGAUUGGUACAGAUCUUAGUCCUAUUCAACCUCCCUUUGUGCCGCCAAACUGUAAAUUUGAAGUCGAUGAUGCAGAGAACGAAUGGAACUUCUCCGAGCCUUUCGAUUACAUCCAUGCUCGAGCAAUCGUUACUUGCUUCAAGAACAACCGAGCAAUGGUUCAAAAGAUCUUCGACAAUCUCAAGCCAGGGGGAUAUUUUGAGUUCCAAGAUCCUUGCUUUCCCAUGUUGAGCGAUGAUAAGACAUUAGAUGGGACAGCAUUGCAUGAGUGGAAUACCCUCAUGGUCGAAUCCAUGUCCCGCAUCGGGCGCAACCUCAAAGACAGCCAGAACUGGGGCCGAUACAUGAAAGACGUCGGCUUCGUCGACGUCACCGAAACUCGAGUCUACGUUCCCGUCAACCCAUGGGCCAAAGGCAAGAAGAACAAAAUGCUAGGCAUUAUCUCGUACCAAAAUAUGAGUGAGGGUAUUGCUUCGCUCAGCACGGCCGCUUUCACGAGGAUUCUGGGCUGGGAUCAGUCGAGACUGGAGGUCUUUUUGACGAAGGUGAGAGAGGAUCUGGGGAAUAAGAAUGUCCACGCUUACGGGAUUGUGUAUUUCGUCCAUGGGAGGAAGCCGGAGGAAACGAAGACUUGA